AUGCGCGCCGUCAAACGUAUACAAGGAGAGCAUAAUUCAAAACCACGUCUUCCUAUUACUUUUCAGGUACCUGGGAGAAUUUGCAAUUCUCUUAGAGCAGAUGUUUUCUCUACCUUUACUGAUUGUAUGUUAGAAACGGCCUGUACAGUAGCCUUCUUUGGAUUUCUUAGAUGUGGUGAAUUUACAGUUUCAAAACAUUUUGAUUCUACUGUAAAUCUAAGUGUAACGGAUGUUGAGAUUCUCGAUUCUUAUGCUAUUUUACACCUUAAAACCUCAAAAACAGAUCCUUUUCGUAAAGGUGUCAGUAUACAGCUUCACAAAUCCGAUCAUUCCAUUUGUCCUUUCUCUGCUGUCCAAAAGUAUAUUGCAAUCAGGAAGGGUAGAGAAGCAUCUUUUUGUUUUUCAGAUCCAUUGUUUGUCAAAGAGAAUGAUAACGCAUUAGACCGGGACUUUUUCAUCAGAAGUCUAAGACAUGUACUAGAUAUUUGUGGGUACAACUCAAGCUUAUACAAUGGUCAUUCCUUUAGAAUUGGUGCCAGUACAUCGGCAGGAUCCGUUAAUAUUCAAGAUCAUCUUAUCAAAACACUUGGUCGGUGGACAUCAGACAGUUAUUGUCGUUAUAUUCGUAUUUCCAAUGACACUAUUCGAAAAACACAGAAGUCUUUGACAUUGUCUAAAAAUACCUGA